UACCGAUUCAAAGUUUGAAUUCCAAAGUAUGAGUAUGAAACAUGGAGCCGCCUCAUACACUAGUAUAAAAUGCGUUUUCUAAAAUCAAGAUUCCAAUUCCAAUUCCAAUUCAUCAGUACAAUAGAAUAGAAUCAAUGGGUUGCAGAAAUCCAAAAGAGAAAGAAGAAGAAAGAUCGCGAGAAUCAAGAACAAACAAAUGGGUUGUAAACGAUGCUUUGGUGUUAACAACCAUGUGUCUCAUUGGUCUCUCUGUCGAUGUUCACAUCAACGAUGGCUCUGUUUAUUCUGGAAUCUUCCACACUGCCUCUCUUCAUCAUCAUCAUCAUUAUGCUAUAGUGUUGAAACGAGCAAAGAUGACGAAAAAGGGGAGAUGUAAUUCAAAUGUGACCAAUAAGGAUGUAAUAGGAACACUUGUAAUCCAGUCAGAUGAUCUUGUUCAAAUAGUUGCAAAGAAAGUAGUAAUUCCAGCAGAUGUUUUUGCCGGUCAUGAAGCUGGUGAUGAUACAGCGGCUGUUGCAACCUCCUUUCCUUCUAACGGAAUUUCAUUCACAGAAUCGAAUAAAACGACUAGCAAGUCAAAUGCUGGUCAACCACAUACUAAUCAAUCGAGAAAGAAUGGUGGUCAGACUAGUUCAUCAGAACAGUUAGUCACUUCAUCAGCACCGAAUGAAACCGUCACUACAAAAAUCCCGAAGUCUAAUCCAACCGUUAAGGAGUUUAAACUUAACCCUGGAGCAAAAACAUUUUCUCCAUCAUUUCCAAAUAAGAAAUCACCAACCCCUCCAACGAUAGCUACGGGUGCAAAUCUUGCAUACAUUCCCGACAGUUAUCCUGGUGGCCCUGUUGUCAGGUCACAGCCCGAAGUUGAAAUCAGCCCAUUUGCUUCCCAUACUCCGCCCGUUAAGUAUGUUCCAUAUGGAGGCAAUGACGUACAACAUCUUCCCCCUAUUGUUGGAUAUAUGACAAACAGGAGUCAAGCGGUUAGAUAUGGUGUCCCGUAUCAUCCAGUUCAAACAGCGCCGACUUAUGUCCAACCAAGCUCUCAGAAUGCAAUGGUUGGAAGAUUGGGACCCGUUGUCUAUGUUCAUCCUGUUUCUCAAGUCCCGAACACGAAUAGCUUCUCCUCCAUUUUAACUCCACACCAAGUACAUGUCCCGAAACACCAAGGAACCGUGGCGGCUCAAGCAUUGCAGCUACAUGUGGCUCCACCGCUUAUAGGUGGUGGUCAACCGCCCUUUGUUUUGCCAAGCCAUAUUCCGGUAUCACACCCGACUUACCCCGUGAUGCGACCUAUCUCGGUCCCUGGAUCUAGUGGCUUUUUAGUAUCAAAGUUUUCUUGAUUUGAGAAAAUAUAUUUUUUUUUGUUACAUCAUUGGUUUAGAUAGGUAGAAAAGGUCUUCAUCAAGUUUUGACUUUCAUUAUUGCAUACAAGGUUUUUUUUCUCUUCACA